AUGGUGAGAGAAGGGAUUGUCUUGGGACACAAAAUUUCUAGUGAGGGAAUUGAAGUAGAUCGGGCCAAGAUUUCUACUAUAGAGAAUUUGCCACCUCCAAUUUCAGUUAAAGGAGUGAGGAGUUUCUUGGGCCAUGCGGGGUUUUAUAGGAGAUUUAUCAAUGAUUUCUCCAAGGUCUCAAAGCCGCUGUCUACCUUGCUAAUGAAUGGGGUUCCUUUUGAUUUUAAUGAAGAGUGUUUGACUGCUUUCAAGACUCUCAACGAGAAGCUAAUUUCAGCGCCUAUAGUGUGUGCACCUAAUUGGGACCUUCCAUUUGAGCUUAUGUGCGACGCUAGUGAUUAUGCGGUUGGAGCAGUUCUUGGGCAGCGAGUGGACAAGGGUACCGAGAAUCUUGUGGCGGAUCAUUUGUCUAGGCUGGAAGUUGAGGAAGAUCAAAUUACCAAGAAAGUGCAAAUCAAUGAUUAUUUUCCCGACGAGCAAUUGUUCGGGGUGAGUAACAAAGCCAAAGCACCAUGGUAUGUAGAUUAUGUUAAUUUCCUAGUGGCAAAAGUUGUGCCUCCUGAUAUGUCUAGAGCACAGUUGAAGAAAUUCUACUUUGAGGGGCAUUUUAGUGCUACCAGGCCAGCAGCAAAGGGGAUUGAUUUCAUGGGCCCCUUUCCAUCAUCCUACAAUAACAAGUAUACACUGCUCGCUGUGGACUAUGUGUCUAAAUGGGUGGGGGCAGCGGCAACUCCUACGAAUGAUGGUAAAGUGUCCAAUGGGCAAGCAGAAAUUUCUAAUCGGGAGGUCAAGAGCAUUCUUGGAAAGACUGUUAAUAGCUCAAGGAAGGAUUGGUCUAAAAAGCUUGAUGACGUUUUAUGGGCUUAUAGAACGGCGUUUAAGACCCCCAUUGGCAUGUCUCCUUAUCGGUUGGUUUUGGUAAGGCUUGCCAUUUACUGGUGGAAUUAG